CAGCUAAUUAAACAAAAAAAAAUUAAUUUUAAUUAUAUUUAGUUUAUAAAUUGUUUGAAAUACCAAAAUUUCGUAAUCGUACCUGUGUACCAGGGCUGGGUCGAAACAGAUUUUAAGAGGCAAAAGCGAAAGUCCAAAAAAGGCGAAAAUAAGGCGAAAGACGAAACGGCACAUCCCUGUUGUGUACGAAGUACGAGUUCGACCAAAAAAUUAGACAAUUACGAGGACAAAUAGGCUCGUCUACUUUGUCAAUAAAUUUUUGAGGAAAAAGUAAAAGAAUUAAUUUGAAUCUUUUUCCAAGGUUAGGUGGUUAGCAGGGCGGGUAGGGUUGGGGUUUUCGAACCAGGCCGACGUUCGAGUCAUUCUUUUCGGGCAUCAUUUUUAUCGGGCCAGACCGGUCGAGUCUUUUUCGGGCCAAAAUUCGAGGCCCGGUUCUAUCUUUCGAACCGACCCGGGCCCCCAAGCCUAAGGGCUUGUUUCGCAUUUCGCCUUUUAUUUUUAGAUUUCGUCCAGCCCUGAAAAAUUGAUUUUCUUGGUAUUGCUAAAAUUAUUUUUCGCUGGUAAAUUUUGCGGACUAAAUUUUGCGGACAUUUUUAAAGACAAAAGACCCUAACAAAUGUCUAAUAUUCUAGUUCAUUCGAUAUAUUGACUGGUUGAUACUUCUUGGGAUGAUGUACACUUAUCCUGCAAAAAUGGUUGUCCGCAAGUAUUGUCCGCAAAAAUUUUCAAUUUUUAAAACAAUUUUUUCAUCAAAAUGUUUAAGGUCCUCUAAUUAAAUUAAAUUAUGAAGGCAAUAAUUCAACGAGUUUGUAAAGCUAGUGUUGUUGUUGAACAAGAAACGAUUUCUUCAAUUGGCAGAGGCAUUUGUGUUUUGAUUGGAAUAAGUAGAGAAGAUGGAGAUGAGGAUAUUGAAUAUAUGGUUAGGAAAAUACUAAAUUUGAGAAUUUUUGAAAAUCCAGAAAAUGGGAAGAGGUGGGACAAAUCUGUGGUAGAUUUGGGGUUGGAAGUGCUUUCUGUUAGUCAGUUCACUUUACACGCACUAAUUAAAGGGAAUAAAUUAGACUUUCACCGUUCAAUGAAUCCAGAAGAUGCUCCACAAUUUUAUUUGAAAUAUUUGGAAAAAUUAAAAUCAAAAUAUGUUCCAGAAAAAAUAAAGAUUAAUGGAAGACUUCCCCGAACCAACAAAAAAUCAAACAACCCCAACAACUUCAAGAAAACAUCAUCAUCCUCAUAAUCCGCAUUGUGAGGACCAUUUGGGGGAAUUCCAUAGCCAAUUUUGUGAACAAGAUUUUCAGAGGCAAUUGGAUGCUGUUGGGUGAGUGUAUUUCUUAAUAGAAAAAAUCAGAACAGAAAAAUCAGUAAAAAAUCAGAACAGAAAAAAUCGGAAUAGAAAAACAGAAUAGAAAUCAAAGCAAAAAUCAGAAGCAGAAAAAUCAGAACAAGAAGAAAAUCAGAAUAAAUCAGA